UGAAUCAAUUAUUACUAAAAUAUAUGAAUUUCAAAUAUUUUAUAUUAGUUUUUAUACUUAUAUUUAGUGAGCAUUUAAUAUGUUUAGUGAAUUCACAGACACCGGACAUAAGUGUUAAUAAUGUUUAUAAUACUAUUCAUACAACUAAUGGAUAUUACAAUACAAUUAGGAAUAUAAGCGCCAGUAAUGGUCAGCAACAGGUGUUUUCCGGCGGACAGAUCAGUGAUCGUCGAGUUCUUACAUUACGUGACAGUCCUUACAAAAUAUAUCGGGAUAUUGUGGUCAACCCGAAAGCACAGUUAGUUAUAGAGUCCGGUGUAACCAUUCAAUUCAAUACAUCCAUUGGUGUGUAUGUAUUGGGAUCACUGAUUGCUAAGGGAACGAGAGAUAAAAAGAUUGUAUUGACUCGUAUAGGACAGUCCCCAUCUCCUAGUGACUGGAAUUCCCCGUCCAGACUACCCGAGAUAGCAGCUGUCCAGUGGCCGGAUGUACGUCUAGUUGAUGGAGAUUUACCUUUGGAAGGAAGACUUCAAAUUAAUUAUAAAGGAAAGUGGCAUUCAGUUUGUACCAACUCUAGGAACUGGACUCAAGAGGACAUCAAAGUGGUGUGCAAUCAGUUAGGUUUCAGUGAUGGUGUUUGGUAUAACUGGUUCUACAAAUACAACGAUUCUCGACAAUUCUUAUAUGAAAAUCCUAACUGUUUGGGAAAUGAACGAUCCAUUCAAGACUGUAUUAAUUGGAAUACAAAACGUGUGGGAAGUGGUAUAUGUGACUAUCACACGGAUAUUGGUAUCCGAUGCUCAAAAAGAUUUCAUCAAAAACCAUACUAUUGGAGAGGCAUUGAGUUUGCAUUAGACACACCUACACAUAAAGAGUCUCUUUUAUCAAAUAAAUGGUUAAAAGAAGUAUCAGAUUCUGUACUCGAAAAUGUUGUCAUUACCUAUGCCGGUGAAGACCAAUACGGUAACACCACUUCUGCUAUCAGUGUGAGAGGAGCCGUCCCUUACAUGAAUGAAAUUGAGAUAAAAUGGUCCGCAUUUAAUGCUAUUAAUAUCACGGAUGCCAAAGAUGCCAUUAAUAUUACCAACAGUCGGUUCAUUGAAAACAGAGGUUAUGGUAUAUUUGUAAACACCAGUUACGGCAGAGUUUCAAUUAUCAAUAGUAUUGUGGAAAACAACGGCGCCGAUGGUAUUCGUUAUGUGUUUCACGACAGACCAACCUUUAGUUCGUUUGGUUUCUGUGAUUCACCUAAUUUGGGGACUCGACAAGUAUUUCCUAUACGUCUUACUCAACAUCAAAGUGGUCAACAAAUGUCUAACAAAGAGUGCUGUCAAGAAUUUCACGCCAAUGACUGGGAGGGUCAACGACUAACCGCACACUUUCCGUUUAUGAUGAGUGCUGAUGGCGAUGAAAGAUAUCGUGAUUUAAGUCAAAACGGAUCUAUUUAUGUGGUCGACGGUUACUCCGAAAGAGUAAUCGCCGAUUUUAUUAUUUGGAACAAUACUCGACCUCAAAGUGUUUCCUCUAUUAUGGGUAACGGACCGCUCAAGAUAUGUUAUAGACAGGCAGCUUAUCGGGUCAUAUUAUUUACCGUUGAAGUUCAUGUAGACUACGGCCGCACAUAUGAUCUUAAUAUAACUGAUACCCGAAUUAUCAAUAAUAACGGAAGAGGUGUUUGGGUUCAAAAUCAAAGAAGUGGUACAGUUUUGAACCGGACAAUUGUCUCCGAUCACUCAUAUGUUGCGGGCAUACACUUAAUUGAAGGUACAGGUGAUGUCAUUGUCAACAACAGUUUUAUUGAACAUAACAUCGGCGAUGGCCUUAACAUAUCAUUGUCAGGUGGUUUUAAGCACAUUGAUUGGUCAAACAUUAGAAACAAUACUCUACGAGGAGUGGCCUCAUAUAUUAAUGAGACGACAUCGCGGGUAGCCUUUAACUUCUCAUCUCAUGUCACACAUUCACGGAUUGAAAACAAUGGAGGAAUAGGAUUAUUGUUGUCCAAUGUUUGUCUUUCCGAUGCUUUUUGGAACAUAAGUAUGAAUACAUUUUCCCAGAACUUUGAAGAUGCCAUUCAAGUGCAGUCGUGUUGGGGAACGGAUGUCGAUAAUAUCCGAUCGACUCAUCUCUUAAUAACACACAAUAAAUUUAGCGCUAAUUACAGACGUGCCGUUACUAUCGCACCGGUAUUUUAUAUAAAAGGUCACAUUGAACACAACAUCUUUGAAUUACACCGAUUGGGUGUUAUAUACAUCAAUAAUCGGGACAUAGUUUGGGAUGACUUUCGCUUUGAUGACGUGCCCGUCAGUAUUCGCAUUCAAAACAAUAAAUUUUUCUCAAAUCAGGGCAUAUAUGUGGCCAAUAUUGGUCUUCACGAUGAAAGUCAUAAACAAGAACUGAUAUUUACUAAGAAUUUACUUAAAGACAAUGUUAUAACUGAACCGUUUGCUGGUCUGAACCCACGAUCUCGAGUAGCGGCUGUAGUGUGUAUUUCAUCGAGUAAUACAAUUGUUAUAAGAAAUCAGUUUGAAAAUAAAGGUUCAGCCUUUCAAUUGGGUACACAUCUGGAGAUACCAUCUAAAGUGAUAAAUGCUUCACUCAAUUACUGGGAUUCAGUCGUUGCACUUGAUAUUUACAACAAGAUAUUUGAUCGCAAGAAUCGUUACAAUUUAGCACAAAUUGAGUUUCUCCAGUAUCUGACUUUACCCGAUGCUCUCGACUCAAACACUGCCGUCUCAUUUGACACCGACCGCAAUAAACUCAUAUAUUUCCCGACCAAUGAAACCGACAUCGGAGGAGAAGUCAGAGGUCAAGUGGUUCUUGAAAAACGCGUUUAUAAUGUCCGCCGAGAUAUAUAUGUCAGACCAGAAGGAGAAUUAAUUAUUCCAGAAGGAAGUCAAUUACAUUUUGAUCAAUCAAUAGGUCUUAUGGUUCAGGGAAAGAUCAAAGUGAUUGGUGGCUCCAAUGUUGACAAAUACAUUAAGUUCACUCUGGCCUCCGAUGCUUUUAAAUCCAGAGGACCGACAGUUAUAAGAAGUCCAGGAAUGAAAUCUUUAUCGCUUCAAAAUCCAUCACUUAUUACACCAAAUAUUACAAAUAAUAGUUUUAAAAAUAAUACAACAAAGAAAACAACAUUUGAAAAAUCGUCACCAAUUGGUAUCUCUUAUUCACCUAAUAUAGUGACUGUUCGACUUAGUAAUGGCACGAAAGGCCGUCUUGAGGUGAAAAUAGGCAGAGARUGGGGAACUGUUUGUUCGUAUGGCUUUGAUAUCUAUGACGCGGCUGUUGUUUGUCAACAGUUAGGUUAUGUCUUAAAUUCAAGGGACUGGUUGCUCGAGAAGUCACAGUUUUUGAAUGCGGGAAACUCUAAAAAUGUAUUAUUAAGUAACGUUGAGUGCACUCAUUUAGACACUGAUAUCACCCAAUGUAAAGCUCAAAGAUUUGUGGACAAUGAUUUCGAGAAUUCAUGUCCAUCAGAGGUGGGAAUGAAAUGCUAUCCCCCUUCUUGGACUGGACUUAGGAUUGGGAUGUUAGCGAGUGAAGCAAUACUUGAGAAUAUGACUGUUGAAAGAGCAGGACUUCUCGACUAUUCAACUCAUAUGUUUAAACCGGGUCUUCAAAUAGAUUUUAAUAAGUUUCAAAUAAAGAAUGUGAUCAUCAAAGACAAUAGUGACUCAGGACUUGGUGUGAUGUGGAAUGAAGUGUUUACUAAUAGAGAAAACAUAAAUGUAUUAAACACUGAAAUUUAUGGUAAUCUAAACCACGGAAUUGUCACCCGAUCACAAGGUCUUCGGGUAACUAAUAGUUAUUUACACGACAACAAGGGCUCGGGAUUUCAUUACGAACCGAUGUUUACUAAUUAUGAACAAAAAGAUUUAGUUUCGUGGAUAACACCAACAGAUUCCUCACAAAUCAUUACAAUACCAGAUGUUAGUAAUAGAGAACAAAGUGUACGUUUGACUCCUCGAAAGUCAUAUUAUGUAUUUGUCAAACGCAAACCCUCUCCCAAUGUAUUAACGCAUAAAUUAAUUAUUGAGACUCAUUAUGGAUGGUCUUUGGGAAUCAUGAUAUUGAACCCCAUUUUUGAAGACUCAACCGAAACAUUAAAACUCUACACAACAGCCAGAAAAGAGGACAAAACUGAUAGAUCAGAGAUUUGGGAUUUGAAAUGGAAUUUAACAUCAUUUCCAUUGCUAUAUCCCGGCUAUAAAAUAGCUCUCGAAUAUACCACCGGUGAUAAUCCUAAAGGCGGAGUAAUACUCUAUUUUACCACAAGAGAUAUAUUUAGAGGUAAUCCUAAUAUAAAGCAAGACUUAAUCCAAUUAAGCGAACAGAAACUAAUGACAACAACAACAUUGGACUCAAAUCGUUUUGAGUUUAAUUCGGCGGCAAUUUCUAGUAAUCACUACAAUCGUGAUCUUAGUGUUCAAAGGGAUUAUUAUCACAGAUAUGGUAACGAAACUAUUUAUGCGAAUAGCAAUCAAAUUAUUGGGAAUGGUAUGUCUGUAUUUGUGAACACACCGUUUUACGAUCCAUUGGAUUUUACUUUAGCCGAAAUCAAUUAUACAUUUAUUAACAACCAUUUUGAGCAAAACUUCGGAGGAAUAGUUCAGUUAAGUCGUGAUAUUCGCAGCUCUAAUAAUCUGUUUCAUUGGGUACUAAACAAUUCUGUGAUGACCAACAACUUCUAUGGCGGACUUUAUAUUAAACUGCCGUACGUUUGGAAAUUCAAUGAAAACUAUACCCAUUCUUUCUCCAUCAACAACAAUACUAUUCAUAGUAAUCGCAACUUUGAGUUCACCAUUGAUGGCCAUUUCGCCCGAAUCAAUAUGUCUUCUAAUUUGUUUCGAAACAAUUCGUGUUCUCUCGGUUUGGUCCGUAUUAUGGGAAUGGAAAAGGAGAUGAAUAUCUUUGAUAACCAAUUAGUCGAAAACUUCGUGCAGUUUGUGGUAGAACUAGACAUGAGUUCACACGCAGACAAGUUUGGUGUAGUGGACGCAAACUUUCAUCGAAAUAGUAUUAAAAACAAUCGCGAGAGUAGUAGUCGACGAUUGGUUGAUAAAUACCAUCCCGACACUUAUGCUUUUGCAUUAAGAGGUGUUCAAGAAGUCAAUAUCACUAAUAAUUUAUUUGAUAAUCGAAAUCUUCAGUUUGAAUUUCUUGCUGGAGUACAUACCGGUUCAUUGGAUACUACAGUAAAUAUAGCUGAAAAUUGGUGGGGAACUACCGAUCCCUAUAUGAUAAGAAAACGAAUUUUCGAUUUUGACGACUGGAACAGCUAUGCGGUGACAGAAUUCAAUCCAUUUUUAAGUAAUGAAUUGUUCGAUGCCAUGACUACAUCGGCUGAUAUACAGGAAAAUAUAGAUUUGGACAAACCUUUUGGGGGACGUUUGGUUAAGUCAAUUGUUUUAAGCGAAAGAAGUAAACCAUAUGUCAUAAACUCAGAUCUGACUGUAAUGCCAGAAGUGACGCUUACAAUAAACGCAGGCGUUGUCAUCGAGUUUUUCCCAAGUGUUGGUCUAUUGGUAUUGGGAGAGAUGAUGGCCGGGGGUAUGGAAGACAAGCCGAUUAUUAUGAGACCCGUUAGACUUAGUAAUGAAUUUGAAUUUGGUCGGCGCCGUCGUCGAGAUUUGUUGACUCCGUCACAAAAGUAUAGACGUCAGACAUCUCCCUACUCUAAAAGCAUCGGUGAUGUGCGGCUCUGUCUUACCGAAGGAUGUGAUGAAUGGAGUCGAGUUAAGAGAAGAGAUGGUUUUGUCGAAGUGUUCAACACAACGACCCUUCAAUGGGCGCCCAUCUGUGAUCAAAGAUUUACUGAACGUAACGCACAAGUUAUAUGUCGACAAUUAGGUUAUUCAACAAUUAAUGUUCAUCUGAAAAGAGGUAGGCGUCUAGAUAUGGGACAAACAUUAAUUUCACGCAUCCGUCAUUGGCCCGAACCCUUAGAAUGUAUCGGCAAAGAGACUGCACUGUCUGAGUGUGACAUAAGACUAAAUGGUUACGGAAACCACUCGUAUUCCUGUGCUUUUAAUGGAGAARAGUUUAUCUAUAUUUUCUGCGGCGAAGAGAAUAAAUUGUCUGACGAACAGCACUGGGGAGGCAUACGGUUUGCACUUUCAAACUUUGAACGUAAAACUGAAUAUAUGUUCCCAACCCGUGUUUAUUACGAACCAACAUCUAAACUACAGUUUGUCAACAUAAAAGGCGCCGGUAUUUUGCACGGCGAGAAAAAUGCAGCCAUUCAAUUGAUCCAAAGAGAUGUCAGUCUCGAGUUUGUUGAAGUUGAUGGAAGCGCUUAUCAUGGAGUAGAGUCCAUUGCACCUCCUGGACAAUUGACUUUCAACCAUUUGAACAUUCACGACAAUCUCGGAGCUGCCCUUAACUAUGUCUUAUUGACGGGAUCUUCAAGCGAGGGACAGAUUAUACCAUAUAAACCAUUGGGCAUAUCUGGGUUGUCCUACAAUGUCUUUGGUAUGGUUGACAUAUGUGAAGCCAGCAAAGAAGUAGUCAUCAGUGAGAGGAUACUAUUGUACUACAAAUAUGACAACAGACCCGUUGAUUGUGUAAAGAUAUUCUCAACAGACAAUCCCAUCAAAAGACUUGGCUUUCGGUUACUUCAAUACAAUUUAUUUAAUUCAAGCAAUUACUCGUCAAUACCAGAUUCGUUGCGUAUAUGGGAUGGAGAUAUCUUUAACUAUACGGCAACAAUCAUUGGCGAUCUAAGUGUUAAACACAAUCAGCUUAAUAGUGAAGAGCAACCAGAGUUAAAAUUUUAUUCAUCUUAUGAACCAUCACUUAGUGUCCAACUUCAUGCUAGCGGUGCCAGUGGUGACUACGGUUUCAUUGCCGAAGUUGCAGCACUUCCAGUGUCAUACUAUAUCGGUCGCGGAUUAUUUCAUAACAUUACAUACUCAGAGCUUAAUCGCAACACUUUGGGUGCACUGCAGUACAGAAGUGCCGGUGAAUCAAAUCCAACGAUAUCGAUGCACCACAAUGUCAUUGAUAGCAAUUGUCUUGAAAUGUACGGCAAUUUUACCACUUGUAAUGGUUCCGUAUAUUUAGAGCUCCAGAAUUCGCCGUAUUUUUAUUUUUAUAACAAUUUGGUUGAACGCAAUCAGGGAGGCAUUCAUCUAAAAGCCAACUCUCACUCAAUUAUCUCUCACGUGUCAAGUCUUCUCUAUAACAACUUAUUUGCUGAGAACUAUAACAAUGAAGUUUUAUAUUUUGAAGGACCAAAAACAGCUAAAACUGGAAGUGCUUCUCAAUCAGUAGACAUUACCAGAAACUACAUCACUAGAAAUCGAGCCAAAUAUCGAUCAAAUAUAGUCUUAUCACAAAUAAAGGUGAUGUUUGCCCAAAAUAUAAUAGUCAGUAAUAUAGGUCAGACCCAACUGUCUAUCUUUAGCUUUGAUUUGGUGUCACCACAUGUUCUUUGUCAACGCAAUUGGUUUUAUAAUAACAUUGCAAACAAAGAUCAAGAGAGGAGUACUAUAAUAGCGAGUAAUGCCGGCCAAGAAUAUGUCGACAAUUAUCUGGUGAAUCCCGACAACGACUUUGAGAUGGCAUCAAUGAACAGAACAAAUAUCGAUGAUUUGCGUCGACCGCAUAUAAAAGCUGUGAACAACUGGUGGGGAUUUAAUGAGACGAGUGCUGUGGAUGCGAGGGUUAGGGAUUUCAAAGAUUACUAUCAUUUGGUUCCCAUUGAAUAUAAACCUUUUUACACCAAUAAUCGUUCGCUGUUGAGUGGGAUAUGUUAUGGUGGAUGGGAUAAGAUUGGAGAGACUUGUUUUGCAUAUAUCGGCUCUCGUAUGACAUUUUCUGAGGCAAAGAAGUUCUGUGAAAUGGAAAACUCGUCGAUUCCUUUCAUACGAGUCAAUCACGAAGAAGUAACACGUUUUAUAUACACUCAACAAUUGAAUUUCGACCGCAGAUAUCAUCGAGUAUGGGUUCAGUCAUUUGAAGUGGAUGUCGAAGAUUGCACUGUUUUAAUCAAUGGUAGGGUCAAAGUUCACGAUUGUAAUGAAAAAUUACCGUUUGUUUGUGAACGCGAUCCAGAUAUCGGUGCAUCGAUACCGGAGCUCUGGUAUCGCGAAACACUAGGCAUCGCUGCGCUAACUAUUUCCAGCAUUACAGCUCUUUUAUCACUUAUAUGCAUCUGCUGUUGGCUCUGUAAAUCACGGCACAGACAUAAAGAAAAGUUGGAAAGACGUAACUCUAUUCGCGCAUCCAUUCGCUCUAACCGUUCUCUGAGUCCAUCAAUGAGUACUAUAACGACUAGUGAAGCCGGUUAUCGAAAGCAAAUUGAAAGAGCCAUUCAAUCGGCUCGACAACAACGGCCACUGCCUUCGACCACACAAUCCAUGUAUAGUCAGAAAAUGAAUGGAAGUGUAGACUCCAUGGAUAAGAGUCCGUCACAAUUUGGUCCCGAGUCCUAUGAUGGAGAAACACAAAGCUAUGAGCCCUCCCAAAGGGCCGAUUCGAGGACUUACUCAGAUAUUGGUGACCGGUUUGCUACAGACCCGCGACUCGAGAAUGAAAACAUUAAUAUAUUAGUUCGCCCGACCUUUGAUCUCACGUAUGAAAAUCGUGGCUUCAAACCGACGCCAUCGAUGUCGCGCACAUCAGAACCCAGGAUUUGGACUCCGGUGACAGACUCGACACUUGACCUAAAAAGAUCACAACAGUCUAUACAGACACCAAUGACACCAUAUUCUCAGUACACUCCCAGUCAUACUCUUAAAGAGUCACGAGAAUCGCUCACAUCUGCAUCUGCUUUACCUUCUGGUCGCACAUCACCUUCACCUCCAAUACCACAUUUAAGACGUCAACUGCCAUACACUCCGGUCAGACCAGCACCGGCGGUCCCCCAAAAGCCACAAUUUAUGUCGACAUUUAUGCCGUCCCACCCGUCAUCGAUAGCAGGCGUCAGCACUGAUAGUCAUCUCAAGUAUUUAGAGACCUCUUUGGAUGGCGACUCUUAUACUGAGAAUAUUUAUGAUGACUUCCAACUGAAUCGACUUUCGCCGACCGCCUCAACCACCACAUCGAUAGCCAGCAGUCAAAAGAGUAAACCAUUGGAGACAUCGAUGUGAGACAACAACCGGUGUUAGACUGCCAUUGCCUUUCAAUUAAUUGUUGUUUUUGUUAUUACUUUAUAAAACUGUUUUUAUAUAUUAUUUAUUUUUAGAUUAAUUAUUAUAAAUAUUAUUAUGAGACAUAU